CCCGCCUGCUGAUCACGUGGUAACGAUUUGACGGACAAGCCUAUUGGCCAAUGAGGUUUUUCCCCCGCCCAAUCAGCUCUGUUUCGGCUAAUCGAGAAGCGGAGAGAGGGGAUGCAAACGGCGUAACGGAGUCCGGGCGGGAUUAACGUGGUCAGCUUCCGGCCCCGGUAAGGCGAUUCUCCUUGCGGUGUGGUGAGCGCCCAUCCGUUGUGUAGAUGGAUUCCAUGCACUGCCAGCGCGCGGGGUAUCGCGGAAUGAUUGCACUCCAAACAGUUAGCGGAUGGGAUGAGCGUAAAGGAUGCCGGGAAGCUGGGACGUGACGUCAAUCAGAGGCGACGGGGUGUCGCCGUAGCGCCCACCUUCGUUGCCAUGGCAACCCAUGGAGCGUCAUUCUUUAAUCCAAUCACUGCUAACCUUCGGUUACUGUGUCUACAACACCCGGGCAUGUCCUAUAUCCCCCCCCUCCCCAAAUAGUUCCAGGCUCCUAACAUUUUGCAGGACCCUUGCCAAAGUUCUUUUACUUUUAAAGGGAUAGUUUAGUCACCUCAAGGUACCAUAACAACUUCAUCUAAAUUAGAUUAUUAUGGUGCCAGGAGGCCCCCAGGGGUUUAACCCCAAAGGUGCCCCCAGAGAGGCUCUCCACCCCUCCCCAGGUGGCAUUCGGCUUCUGAAAUUUCAGUUUCAGGAGGCGCGGAGUGCUGCUGUGCCGUCUCGCUGCUGAUUGGGUAAGAGUGGGUUUUGUGAAUGGGGAGUCAGUGAUUGGCAGAGAGCAUCUGCCGAGCCAGUCAGGGGCACUUCUGCCAGGCAGCACCGAGGCCUGCACUAACACCCAAAGUGAAAAAAAAAUAUGGGUUGCAUUCUGUGUGUAAGGAGCUGUAGUUGUAUUGAAGGACAAGCUUGCAGUGCUGGAUACAGAGAGCUAGUCUCUGUAUUCAUUAUUCAGAGGCUUGCAGUGUCGCUGCUCCCUGUGCCACUGUGUUGUGUGCUCUCCGACUAUACUUAUGGCAUAAUUUGCAAACUAAAUUAAUUUGCAAUAAACAUAUCUAAUUAGCAAUUAUGCUAAUCAUUUAUACACCACUGCGGGGUAUGAUUACAUAGCCUUUCAGUCGUGUAUACAUUACUGCCGGUGUGUGUAUUUCUGAGUGUGUCUGGCAUUGUCUACAUGUGUAUGUGCCUGAAAGUGUGUGUCUGACAGAGUUUUCUUGUGUGUGAAUGUAUGUCUUUAUGAGUAUGUGUGUGGGCUAGCUGCUUGCGGUGUUUAUGGGGGCUGCCUGUGACCUUUGUGCAUGUGUGUAUGAUGAAUCCUUCCGUUUGUGACUUUGACCAGGUGAGUAAAGGGGUAACUGUGGCAGGGUUAAUGUGAUAGGGUGAGGGAGGUAAAUGAGACCGGGUUGGGGGUGUGGGGGGAGAGGGUGAGUGUAAAAGAAUGAGGGAGGAUGAGAAUGGUAGGGGGACGAUUGUGACAUGGUUGGAGGAGGGAGUGCAUGGGGAAGUAAGUGUGACAGGAUUAGAGGAAGUUAAUGUGACAGGCUGCAUGUGGCAUGGUUGGGGGUGAAUGUGCCAUGUUUGGAGGAGGAAGUGUAACAGAAUGAGGGAAGGUGAGUGUGGCAAGAUUUUAGGGGGUUAAUGUGGCAGGAUUAGAUUAAUGUGGAAGGGAGAGUGUGACAGGGCUUCGGGUGAGUGUGGCACAGUUGGAGGACAGGAUUGGAGGGGCUUAUGUGAGUGUGGCAGGGUGAAGGGGGUGAGUGGGUCAGACUGAUAGAGGAUGAGUGUGACAGGAUUGGGGGUUAAUGUGAUAGGGUAAUUGUGGUAAAGCAAGGGCAGGUUAGUUUGGUAUGGUUGGAGGGGUCAUCCCACAGCCAGUAAGGUGGGUUGUGACAGGGUGGGGGGCUGGGACAAUAUGUGUUGGUGGCUGUGACAUGGUAUGGGGGCUUGAGGGGCUGUGCCAGGGUGGGGGUUGGAGUGGCUGUGACUUUGUAGGGGUAUGGAGGGACAGUGACAGAGGGUAGGGGGGGGGGGGUUGUGACAGGGGGUAGGGGAUGGAGGUUCUGUGACAGGGGUUAGGGGGUGAGGGGCUGUGACAGGGGGUAGGGGGGGGGGCUGACGGGGUAGUAAACGGUGGGGGAUGGAGGGGCAGAAACACAGGGUAAGGGGUGGAGGGGCAGUGACAGGGGGUAGGGGAUAGUAACAUGGGGGUGGAGGGGCAGUGAUGGGGUAAGGGAUGGAUGGGCAAUAACAGGAGGUGGGGGGUGGAGGGGCAGCACCAGGGAGUAAGGGGUUGGAGGGGCAGUAACGGGUAAGGGGUAGUAACAGGGGAUAGGUGGAUGAAGGGCAGUGACAGGGAGUAGGGGGCUGGGUUAAGGGGGGUACUACAGUGGGUGGGGUGAUGGAGGGGCAGUGAUAGGGGUGGAGGGAUAGUAACAGGGGGCCAGGGGGUGGAGGGGUAGUAACAGGGGUUAGGGGGGGUGGAGGGGCAGUGACGGGGUGGAGGGGUAGUAACAGGGGUUAGGGAGGUGGAGUGGCAGUGACAGGGGAUGGGGGGUGGAGAGACAGUGACAGGGGGUUGGGGGGUGGAAGAGCUGUAACAAGUGGAGGGGGGUUUAUAAAUUCCUUCCCUGGUGGUCCUGUGGGCGCCCUCUCUCCCCGGUGGUCCGGCUCUCUGGUCUGCAGCUCUGCCGGGAGUGAGCUGCAGACCACUUGGUAAAUCUUGCGAUCUCCAGUUAGAGCGUUGCCGUGGUAACCCGCAGCAACGGUCUGACAGGCAGGAGAUUGCGAGACACUUCAGUCUGCAGCUCACUCCCAGAGAAUAUCUCACAGAAAAAAACAAGUAAAAGUAUGGCGCUAAAAUAAAUAAUUCACCUCAUAAUAAAAAAGCUGCACCAUACAAUUACAUUUUUUUAAAACACAUAUAUUAACAUAACAAACCAGGAAAUAUAUACCACACCGAAAACAAGGUGACAGUAUAAAUUAAAGGGGUAGCAAACCAAUGUAAUAAAACAUACAACCUGUAUGUAAUAGAACAAGUCUUGAGAAAUCUACAAAUAUGAAAAAUCAUACAGUGGUGAAGUAUGUACAAAGCACCAAGCUCAAUCCCGAAGGUAGAGAACUUACAAACAGUAUUGUCGAUCUGUGCUUAUCUCCCUCUUAAAGGGUAUCUCAGAACAGCAAAGGAACUUCUUUUCAAGGAGGGCUUGUAGAUGUAGAUCAGAAUAUAUACAAAGACUCCAAUCCUCAAAGGAGAAAAAUAUAUAGAGCAGUAUUGUCAGCCAAAAUACAUUUAUUAAUACUGGUUACACUUACAUAAAAACUGUGUUAAAUCAGCAUAUCUCCACUCAAACGGUGGUACCAUGAGGAGGGAGGUCCAGCUUCAAUAAGUAAAACAAUAAAAGAGAUGAUAAUAACAACAAAAAUAAAAAAGGAGAAAAACUAUGAACUAAAUGUCCCAAAAGAUAAAUCCAACGCGUUUCGUCCUGUUGACUUCCUCAGGGAUAUGAAAAAAACAAGAGACAAGUUCUUUUUAUAUGUCCCAAUGAAUUGUUUUCAAAAUUUGCCGCCCCUAGUGUCUUAUUUCCGGGUUCCGUCCAUGUCGCCUCUGAUUGGAUAUGCGUGCUGACGGCUACGUUCGCGGGUGUAGAUGUCGAUCAUUUCCGCGUUUCACAGACGCACCUCACAGAAAUCAUAAGGGGUGUGUAUUUUAGAAGGACUUCCGCGUUCCACACUGGAACGCACCUCAAUCCCCUAUAGUGGGAAAACAGAGCAUCCAGAGUGGGAAGGGGGAGAGCUCGUUACCAUGAAACCAAAUACAAAAUAAACUAAAAAAUACAGUAAUAAAACAUAUUAAAUACAAUAAACAAUAGAAGCAUAUAUAUAAAAAUUAAUAUAUGAAACAUAUAUAUACAAAAUAUAUAAAAACAUAUAUAUAAAAAAGGCAUGUAUGCUUUGUAAAAGUGCAAAAUACUGACAAUAUUAUACAAAUAUCAGAAGAUGAAUAUAACCGGCACAGGUAUAAUCUAAAUAUGCUGUAAAAUACAACCCAAAAAUAUUCCAAAGAAUACAUAUUCCCAAAAAGAAUUCCAAAAAGUUAAAUAAUCUAAUUAAAGGAGUCCUGUUAAAUCGAUGUCUUGGUUUAAAACUGUCCCUAGAGUUUUUCGAGUAUAAAUCCAAAAAGCUUCUUUUUUAGCUAGGUCAUUGAUUUUAUUUCCCCCUCUCCAAUUUGUGGUAACCUGGUCUUUACCAAUAGCAAUGAAAGUAGACCAAUUGAACAUACUACAAGUAUUGCAAUGAUUGGGGACACUAUGUUCCACUUUACGUGUCCUGAUAUUGUUAAAAUGUUCUCGAAGUCUAAUAUGCAGUUUUCUGGUAGUUCUUCCUAUAUACUGCGCACCACAUCCGCAUUGCAGCAAAUAAAUUACAUAUGUCGAUGUGCAGUGUAUGAAUUUCUUUAUAUUAUAUGUCUGGUUAGUAUUAGACCCUGUAAACGACAUUGUUUUUCUUUUUUGGUAGAUACAAGUGGAGCAGGUCCCACAUUUAUGAAAACCUGUGUUUUUUUGUAAUUGUAAAAAGUUCAUUUGUGGACUCUUUAUCUGUUUGGGUAAAAGGCUAGGUGCUAAUUGAUUUUUUUUUUAGAUGAUCUGCUUUUCUAUAUAUAACUACUGUUUUUUCAGGUAACUUUUUUCCUAGAAUUUCAUCUUUUUUCAAAAUCGCCCAAUGUUUUUUGAGAAUAUUUUAAAUUUUUUUUAGCCUGAAAGCUAUAUUUAGUAACAAAGGCAAAUUCUGUGUGUCUACUGCUGUCCUUAUUUUUACAUCUAAUGUCUUUAUUUUUAAAAAAUUCUGAACGAUCCUUCUCUUUAAUUUUUAAAAAAUCUCUUUUUAUUUGGUCUAUAUUAUAACCCUUUUCUGCGUAUCUGUUUUGUAUAAUUUUUGAUUGUUCUUCAAACGUCUGAAUAUUGGAACAAUUUCUUCUCAUUCGGGUUAUUUGUCCUUUCGGGACAUUGUUCAACCAUGUAGGGUGAUGUAAGCUGGUCUUUUUUAUGGCUGUAUUACAAUCUGUCUUUUUGAAAAAGGUCUUAGUGUUAAGAAUCUCGUUUUCUAUAUAUAAGGUUAAAUCCAAAAAAUCUAUGGUAGUCCUAUGAAUAUUAGAAAUAAAAUGCAAAUUGUAUUGAUUUAAGUUUAUAGUCUCGAUAAAUUUUUCUAGCCCUUGGAUAUCUCCUUCCCAAAUUAUAAGAACAUCACCUAUGUAACGCCGCCAGAGGACGAGAUUCCCCCCCGGGUAUGGUCCCAAAUGGAUACAAGAAGCCUCCCAAUGGGACACAUACAGAUUAGCAAAACUGCGGGCGAAUCUCGUCCCCAUGGCGACGCCACAUUGCUGUAAAUAAAAGUUAGAAUCAAACCAAAAAAAAUUCUUGGUCAAAACAAAAUGAAUACAGGACACUAAAAAAUCAAUCUGUUGUGAAUUCAAAGUAUGUUGUUGGAUUAAUACAUCUCUGAUAACCUCCAAACCCUUUUUGUGUGGGAUAUUGGAGUACAGAGAGGUAACAUCCACCGUAGCUAAUAUGUAAGAUGGUUUCCAGAUAAAAAAAUGUAAAGUUUGAAGAAUAUGUGUCGUGUCUUUAAUGAAGGAUGGGCACAGGGGUACAUAAGGUUUAAGAAAAAAAUCUACAUAUUCGGAAAGGUUGUAGGACAAUGAGUUAAUUCCACUAAUAAUUGGCCGACCCGGAGGGGUCAUCAAACACUUAUGGAUCUUCGGAAGAAAAUAGAAAAUUGCUGUUUUACAUGUCGGAUUAAAAAUAUAUUGAAACUCUGAAGGAGAAAUAAUAGUAUUGUCAAUUCCUAUCUGGAGUAAAGAUCUAAGAUCUUCCAGAAAGGACUUGGUAGGAUCUUGUUCGAGUUUUUUAUAGGUGGAAUCAUCUCCUAGAAUUCGAUACGCUUCCUGCAUGUAGUAUUCCAUACUCAUAAUAACCGUACCUCCUCCCUUAUCUGCCUCUUUUAUAACCAAACUAAAGUUCUUUUUAAGUCUAUUAAGAGCCUGUCUUUCUGGAUUAGUGAGAUUAUGUUUGGAGCUGUUAUAUUUCCAUUGUAUUUUAUCGAGAUCAGUUUGAACUAGAUCAUUGAAUACUUCUAAAUAUUUUCCUUUUUCAUAGGAUGGGUAAAAAUUAGAUUUUCUUUAUAAAGAUGGAGAAAUGUUAGGUAAAACCUCUAAAGGUUGUUCUAAAGUAUCUAUAAUGUCAUUUUUAUUAGAUGAAGCUAUAUUAUUUGUCUCUUUCGAGUUCCGUUUUUCAAAAAAAGUUUCGCUUCGAGAACAUUUUAACAAUAUCAGGACACAUAAAGUGGAACAUAGUGUCCCCAAUCAUUGCAAUACUUGUAUUAUGUUCAAUUGGUCUACUUUCAUUGCUAUUGGUAUAGACCAGGUUACCACAAAUUUGAGAGGGGGAAAUAAAAUCAAUGACCUAGCUAAAAAAGAAGCUUUUUGGAUUUAUACUCUAAAAACUCUAGGGACAGGUUUAAACCAAGACAUCGAUUUAACAUGACUCCUUUAAUUAGAUUAUUUAACUUUUUGGAAUUCUUUUUGGGAAUAUGUAUUCUUUGGAAUAUUUUUGGGUUUGUAUUUUACAGCAUAUUUAGAUUAUACCUGUGCCGGUUAUAUUCAUCUUCUGAUAUUUGUAUAAUAUUGUCAGUAUUUGGCACUUAUUCAUCUUCUGAUAUUUGUAUAAUAUUAUCAGUAUUUGGCACUUAUUCAUCUUCUGAUAUUUGUAUAAUAUUGUCAGUAUUUGGCACUUUUACAAAGCAUACAUGCCUUUUUUAUAUAUGUUUUUUUAAUAUAUAUAUGUUUUUAUAUAUUUUGUGUAUAUAUAUAUAUAUAUAUAUAUGUGUUUCAUAUAUUAUUAAUUUAUAUAUAUAUAUGUUUCUAUUGUUUAUAGUAUUUAAUAUGUUUUAUUACUGUAUUUUUUAGUUUAUUUUGUAUUUGUUUUCAUGGUAAGGAGCUUCCCACUCUGGAUGCUCGGUUUUCCCACUAUAGGGGAUUGCGGUGCGUUCCACUGUGGAACGCGGAAGUCCUCCUAAAAUAUACACCCCUUAUGAUUUCUGUGAGGUGCGUCUCACUGUGAAACGCGGAAAUGAUCGACAUCUACACCCGCGAUGCACCCGUCAGCACGCAUAUCCAAUCAGAGGCGACAUGGACGGAACCCGGAAAUAAGACACUACGGGCGGCAAAUUUUGAAAACAAUUCAUUGGGACAUAUAAAAAGAACUUGUCUCUUGUUUUUUUCAUAUCCCUGAGGAAGUCAACAGGACGAAACGCGUUGGAUUUAUCUUUUGGUACAUUUAGUUCCUAGUUUUUCUCCUUUUUUAUUUUUGUUUUAUUGUUUUACUUAUUGAAGCUGGACCUCCCUCCUCAUGGUACCACCGUUUGAGUGGAGAUAUGCUGAUUUAACACAGUUUUUAUGUAAGUGUAACCAGUAUUAAUAAAUGUAUUUUGGCUGACAAUACUGCUCUAUAUAUUUUUCUCCUUUGAGGAUUGGAGUCUUUGUAUAUAUUCUGAUCUACAUCUACAAGCCCUCCUUGAAAAGAAGUUCCUUUGCUGUUCUGAGAUACCCUUUAAGAGGGAGAUAAGCACAGAUCGACAAUACUGUUUGUAAGUUCUCUACCUUCGGGAUUGAGCUUGGUGCUUUGUACAUACUUCACCAUUGUAUGAUUUUUCAUAUUUUUAGAUUUCUCAAGACUUGUUCUAUUACAUACAGGUUGUAUGUUUUAUUACAUUGGUUUGCUACCCCUUUAAUUUAUACUGUCACAUUGUUUUCGGUGUGGUAUAUAUUUCCUGGUUUCUUAUAUAUUAUAUUUGGUGUAUGUGAGGUACACUUUUUGGGUGUUUGGCAUUACCAUUUGGUCUUUUGGGAUAUUAUACAGUAUCUUUUUUAUACAUAUAUUAACAUAGCACUAACAAAAUGUGCUGUGUAUUUAAGACAAAUUAUUAAAUACGCUAUAAAGUGCUAUAAAAUUAUUUUCAAGUGUAUAUAUCCUAACAUUGUGCAAAACAAUGUGCUUUAUGCAGUUUAAAACUAGACCCUCUUCUCCUGCAGAAAACAUUCUUAAAUCAGAGUAGAAUUAAUUAAAGUAACCGAGGAACUGCUAGAAAACUAUAAUGGUAAAAUAUGCUGUUGUUUAUGAUUUAUCUGUCUAAUUAGUUCAUCUAACAUUAUGUGCCUCUCUCAAGUUUAGGGAUGUCUCAUACCGAGGACAGACGCUAUGUGGAGUUGUGCCAAGAUUCAGUGCGCCUGUCUGCAGAAAGUGUGGGUGUUGAUAUAUCUGAUGAGGUUGCUGCACUGCUGGCUGAGGAUGUAUGUUACCGACUCCGGGAGCUCACCCAGGUAUACACAACAGAGAAUGGAGAUUUUAUUUCUUGCUAUUUAUUUUCCAGUAAAUUUCAUUUUUGAAGUCCCAUGCCUUCUUUUUCUCUAUUUUAAUUUAAAGAAUUAGAUGACGAUUUGUACCCUGUGCUGUGGAACAGUAAUUGCAUGUAAGGUUAUAAGUAGAGAUUUCAUCUUUAUGAAAAACAACUUUUUGGGUGAGGUGGCAAAGCUACUUUAACUUUAUUUUAAGUUGAAGGGCCAUAAUUUAAACAUGCACAGGAAGAGUCUGUUAUAUUAUUAUUAUUAUUAUUAUUGCCAUUUAUAUAGCGCCAACAGAUUCCGUAGCACUAUAUAAUUAUUUAUAACAUUAGACUGUUCCCUUAAAGCAGGGGUGGGGAACCUUUUAUCUGCUAAGGGCCAUUUGGAUAUUUAAAACAUCAUUCGCUGGCCAUACAAAAUUAUCAACUUAAAAAUUAGCUUACUGUAUUUGGUCAAACAUUUAAUUAACUCACUCCUAAUGUGAUGGCUGAAACUGCUUCUCUUUGGUGUGAUGUUAGCUGGUAUUGAUGAUUUUGCUACUCGCAUUGUGUGUGAGGGGUGCAGUGUGUGUGUGUGUGUUUGUGUGAGGUGUCCAGAGUGUAUGUGAGGGGUUCUGUGUGUGUGUGUGUGUGGGGGUGCAGUGUGUUUGUGUGAGGGGUUCUGUGUGUUUGAGUGAGUGAGGGGUGCAGUAUGUGUCUGAGGUGGUGUAGUGUGUCUCGGGUCUAUAUUGUGGUGGGGGGGAUAAGGGAGAAAAUAUAUAGUAUUUUACUUAAAAAGAAAACUUUAUGCACAACAUAAGGAAGGGCAUGCAAAGGCUGCAGAAAAGAUAUCUGCAGCCUGUACAAUCUAUUUUCAGAUAUUCCCCCAAUGCAAAUUUACACAAUUAACCCCUUAAGGACCAAACUUCUGGAAUAAAAGGGAACCAUGACAUGUCACACAUGUCAUGUGUCCUUAAGGGGUUAAAUACAUGCAUGGUUUCAUUGGUGUACACCUAUUAAAUUGUAAUUUUUUUUUAUAUAUUCUAUUUUUAUUUGGGCAGUGGAUUAUCCCUUUAAAUGCUGAAAUUUAUCAGGUACUGAGACUGAGAAACCCUACUCUGAGUAAUUUGCUUUAUUUUUAUUUUUUCCUGAGAUGAGUAUGUAGUCUCACAGAUGCAGUUUUAUCUUCAGAUCAUUGAACAUCCUUUAGCACAUAGUUGGCAGACUAUAUUAUUAACCAUUCUCACAUAUUUGUUCUCUUAGAUAAUGGCUUCUCUGUGAGAAAUGUUAGAGUCCUCAAUGCUUUUUAUUAUUCUCCCUGUCUUUGUUAAGUGAGAAGUCUCAGUGGCAGUUUAUAUUCUAUUUAUAUUUUGUUGCUGUCAUAUUUUCUCUGUUCUGCCCAGGUAAUGUUCAGAAUUCCGUUUGUCACACUUCCAGAGUUAUUCUCCCCUGAAAUCCCUACAAUUUCCCAUUUUUGCUCUGUCUGGGUUCUGCACAGUGUGUCAGGCACCUUUUCGAUUUCUGUAUUGUACAAAGUGUGUAGGUACUACAUGUUUCUCAGUUACAUAUGCAUACUGUCAUACUUUUUAUUAUCUUGUAAUUAAUGUGUGCCAUCUCAAGUUGUAUUACAAUAUGAUGCUAUAUUAACUUUCCAUUUUCAUAAUAUAUUAUUACACUCAUCCUUUAUUUCUCAGUUCAGUGCACAGUCUCUAAGGCACUCUCGUAGAAGGAGGCUGACUGUGGAGGAUUUUAACCGUGCUCUUCGCUGGAGCAAUGUUGAGGUAGGUGGUGACAUCACAUAUAAUGCUUGUAAUAUUCUAAAAAGAGCAAAUAAAUGUAGAGGGUUUAUUGGCUGUAUUAUAGAGAGAGAGGACUCUAAUUAUAUAAAUCGUGGCUGCUGACAACCAGAUUUGAAUAGCAAAGUCAAAUAGUGAUGUCUAUUUAUUUGUGUUUCCCACAAGCGGUUAAAGGCUCAGAAGACUGGUUUAAAAAAAAUUGUUGUUUGUAUUCUCAACCUUCUAUCUUGCUAUUUACAGGGAGUGCAGAAUUAUUAGGCAAGUUGUAUUUUUGAGGAUUAAUUUUAUUAUUGAACAACAACCAUGUUCUCAAUGAACCCAAAAAACUCAUUAAUAUCAAAGCUGAAUAUUUUUGGAAGUAGUUUUUAGUUUGUUUUUAGUUUUAGCUAUGUUAGGGGGAUAUCUGUGUGUGCAGGUGACUAUUACAUAGAACAUAGAAAUGUGUGUGACAGAUAAAAGAACCAUUCGGCCCAUCUAGUCUGCCCAAUUUUCUAAAAACUUUCAUUAGUCCCUAGCCUUAUCUUAUAGUUAGGAUAGCCCUAUGCCUAUCCCAUGCAUGUUUAAACUCCUUUACUGUGUUAACCUCUACCACUUUAGCUGGAAGGCUAUUCCGUAUCCACUACCCUCUCUCAGUAAAGUAAUACUUCCUGAUAUUAUUUUAAACCUUUGUCCCUCUAAUUUAAGACUAUGUCCUCUUGUUGUGGUAGUUUUUCUUCUUUUAAAUAUAGUCUCCUCCUUUACUGUGUUGAUUCCCUUUAUAUAUUUAAAUGUUUCUAUCAUAUCCCCCCUGUCUCGUCUUUCCUCCAAGCUAUACAUGUUAAGAUCCUUUAACCUUUCCUGGUAAGUUUUAUCCCAAUCCAUGAACCAGUUUAGUAGCCCUUCUCUAACCCUCUCUAAGGUAUCAAUAUUUUGAAGAUACGGUCUCUUAAUUCUGUGUACAAUACUCCAAGUGAGGUCUCACCAAGUGUUCUGUAUAGUGGCAUGAGCACUUCCCUCUUUUCUACUGCUAAUACCUCUCCUAUGCAACCAAGCAUUCUGCUAGCAUUUCCAUACCGCUGCUCUAUUACAUUGUCUGCCUACCUUUAAGUCAUCAGAAAUAAUCACCCCUAAAUCCCUUUCCUCAUAUGUUGAGUUAGAGACUCUAUCAAAUGAUACCAUUGCACUCUGCCCUUGGGUUUUUCGUCCAAGAUGCAUUUAUCUUGCACUUAUCCACAUUAAAUGUCAGUUGCCACAACACUGACCAUUUUUCUAGUUUACCCUAAAUCAUUUGCCAUUUGGCUUAUCCCUCCUGCAACAUCAACCCUGUUACAUAUCUUAGUAUCAUCAGCAAAAAGACAUACCUUACCAUCAAGACCUUCUGCAAUAUCACUAAUAAAAAUAUUAAAGAGAAUGGGUCCAAGUACAGAUCCCUGAGGUACCCCACUGGUGACAAGUCCAAGCUUCGAAUAUAUUCCAUUAGCUACAACCCUCUGUUGCCUGUCACUCAGCCACUGCCUUACCCAUUCAACAAUAUUUGAAUUCAAACUUAAAGAUUGCAGUUUAUUGAUAAGCCUUCUAUGUGCAACAGUGUCAAAAGCCUUACUGAAAUCUAGGUAAGCAAUGUCUACUGCACCACCCUGAUCUAUAAUUUUAGUUACCCAAUCAAAAAUCAAUAAGAUUAGUUUGGCAUGAUCUCCCUGAAGUAAACCCAUGUUGUCUCUGAUCUUGAAAUCCAUGUGUUUUUAGAUGUUCAACAAUCCUAUCCUUUAACAUGGUUUCCAUCACUUUCCCCACUACUGAAGUAAGGCUUACUGGCCUAUAGUUGCUUGACUCCUCCCUAUUACCUUUCUUGUAAAUGGGCACAACAUUCGCUAACUUCCAAUCUUCUGGGACUACUCCUGUUAACAAUGAUUGGUUAAAUAAAUCUGUUAAUGGUUUUGCUAGUAUACCACUAAGCUCUUUUAAUAGCUUUGGGUGUAUUCCAUCAGGUCCCAUUGACUUAUUUGUCUUUACUUUUGACAGUUGAAAUAGAACCUCUUCCUCUGUAAACUCCCGUGUAAUAAAUGACUCAUUUAUCUUUUUUCUUAACUGAGGUCCCUUUCCUUCAUUUUCAUCUGUAAAUACUGAACAAAAAUAUUUAUUGAGGCAGUCAGCUACAUACCUUCCUUCUUUGGUUUUUAAUCUAACUAAUCCUUGUUUUACUUUUUUUUUCUCAUUUAUGUAUCUAAAAAAAGUUUUGUCCCCCUUUUUUACUGCCUGCGAUAUUUUCUCCUCUGUGUGUGAUUUGGAAGCUCUUAUAACUUGCUUAGCCUCUUCUGCCUAAUCUUAUAGAUCAUUUUGUCUCCUCACUCUGUGUUUUUUUAUAAUUCCUAAAUGCUAACUUUUUCUUAACUAUUUUGGCUUACAUCUAUGGAGUACCACAGUGGUUUCUUUUGAAUUUUUUUGUUUCUACUGACAAGCCCAAUGCAAUUUUCUGUUGCCUUCAAUAGAGCAACUUUUUAAAUAAUCCCAUUUUUCCUUUGGACUCCAUUUAAAUUAAGUUCCAGUCUGAUAAUGACUCUUCUACCCAUAUUCUAAUUUUAGAAAAGUCUUUUUUUCUAAAGUCUAAAACUUUUGUAUUUGUGUGGUGUGACUCAGCACUGUUCUUAUAUUAAACCACACUGACUGAUGAUCACUGGAUCCUAAACGUUCACCUACAGUAAUAUCUGAUACCAAAUCUCCAUUUGUUAACACUAAAUCUAGUAUGGCCUCUUUACGAGUUGGCUCCUCAACAACUUGUUUUAGAGACAAUCCCAGUAGGGAGUUUAGAAUAUGUGCUCCUGGCACAAGUAGCUAAUUUUGUUUUCCAAUUUACAUCAGGAAGAUUAAAGUCACCCAUGAUGAUAACUUCCCCUUCAUUGUCAUUUUAGCUAUUUCCUCAACUAGUAGAUUAUCUAACUCUUCAAUUUGUCCUGGGGGCCUAUAAAUCACACCUACACGAGUUACUGUGUGAUUACCAAAUUUUAACGUAGCCCAAACGGACUCUAUGUUUGCCUCACUAACUUUUAUUAGGCUAGAUUUUAUGCUAUCCUUCACAUACAAGGCCACCCCUCCCCCUUUCUUGCCUUCCCUAUCUUUCCUAUAUAAAGAGUACCCUGGUAUUGCUAUGUCCCAGUCAUUUUUCUCAUUAUACCAUGUCUCAGUAACAGCGACUAAAUCUACAAUAUCAGAUGCCAUUAUUGCCACAAGUUCAUGGACCUUAUUCCCUAAACUGAGAGCAUUUGUAGACAUGACUCUAAGCUUAUCAUUUUUAACACACUUGCUACAGGCACCUUCUGUCCUUGUUUUGGGGGACAAUUGGAUUGAUGUUUUAUCACCCUUUUGCCCCCCUUCCUAGUUUAAAUACAUCCUAGCAAAACCUCUGAACUGCUCACUGAGAACAUUUGUUCCCUUUUGAGAAAGAUGCAAACCAUAUUUUUUGUACAGCUUAUCUCCAUUCCAAACAGAGCUACCAUGAGAAAUAAAGCCAAAUCCUUGCUCCCGACACCAUUCACCAAGCCACAAAUUAAAGUCCCUAAUACGCAUCCGCCUGUCGUUCUGAGUGUUAUGCACAGGCAGAACUUCAGAGAAUGACAGUGUGGAAGCAACCUGCCGUAUAUCAUUGGCAAAAACACUAAAAACUUCCUUAACCUCUGAAACCUCAUUGCAAGCCAAGUCAUUUGUCCCUAGAUGGACAAGUACAUCCAAUUCCCCUUCCUGCUUUGCUUGCUUAACAAUAUUACAGAUACGUCUCCUGUCUCUGUGAGCAGUAGCUCCGGGAAGACACCUCACAAGACCACCAUUGUCCAUCUCCACACCUCUUAUAAUGGAAUCACCCAACAACAACUGCUUUCUAUUAGGCCUCACCAUAGUCUCUCCACAACACCACUAGCUCAGUGUCUCCACAACACCACUAGCCUCAGUGCCUCUCUCCACAACACCACUAGCCUCAGUGCCUCUCUCCACAACACCACUAGUCUUAGUGCCUCUCCUCACAACACCACUAGCCUCAGUGCCUCUCUCCACAACACCACUAGCCUCAUUGCCUCUCUCUACAACACCACUAGUCUUAGUGCCUCUCUCCACAACACCACUAGCCUCAGUGCCUCUCCUCACAACACCACUAGCCUCAGUGCACUCAGUGCCUCUCUCCACAACACCACUAGCCUCAGUGCCUCUCUCCACAACACCACUAGCCUCAGUGCCUCUCUCCACAACACCACUAGCAUCAGUGCCUCUCUCCACAACACCAUUACACUCUGAAAGUGCAGAAAAUGAAUUAUGAAGAGCAACAGACUGUGCAAAAUGCCUUUUAUCCACAACUCUAAGUCUACCAGAUCCUACAGUAAUCCAUCUGCCUUUCCUAGCAUGUCUCUGCGGCAGUGGCUUUGCAGCAGUUCCAGUCUGAGUUUCUACACCAGAUAAUUUACAAAUCUCAGACUUCAAAAAUACAAAAUUACUGUGCAUAAUUAUUAGGCAACUUAACAAAAAACAAAUAUAUACCCAUUUCAAUUAUUUAUUAUUACCAGUGAAACCAAUAUAACAUCUCAACAUUCACAAAUAUACAUUUCUGACAUUCAAAAACAAAACAAAAACAAAUCAGUGACCAAUAUAGCCACCUUUCUUUGCAAGGACACUCAAAAGCCUGCCAUCCAUGGAUUCUGUCAGUGUUUUGAUCUGUUCACCAUCAACAUUGCGUGCAGCAGCAACCACAGCCUCCCAGACACUGUUCAGAGGUGUACUGUUUUCCCUCCUUGUAAAUCUCACAUUUGAUGAUGGACCACAGGUUCUCAAUGGGGUUCAGAUCAGGUGAACAAGGAGGCCAUGUCAUUAGAUUUUCUUCUUUUAUACCCUUUCUUGCCAGCCACGCUGUGGAGUACUUGGACGCGUGUGAUGGAGCAUUGUCCUGCAUGAAAAUCAUGUUUUUCUUGAAGGAUGCAGACUUCUUCCUGUACCACUGCUUGAAGAAGGUGUCUUCCAGGAACUGGCAGUAGGACUGGGAGUUGAGCUUGACUCCAUCCUCAACCCGAAAAGGCCCCACAAGCUCAUCUUUGAUGAUACCAGCCCAAACCAGUACUCCACCUCCACCUUGCUGGCGUCUGAGUCGGACUGGAGCUCUCUGCCCUUUACCAAUCCAGCCACGGGCCCAUCCAUCUGGCCCAUCAAGACUCACUCUCAUUUCAUCAGUCCAUAAAACCUUAGAAAAAUCAGUCUUGAGAUAUUUCUUGGCCCAGUCUUGACGUUUCAGCUUGUGUGUCUUGUUCAGUGGUGGUCGUCUUUCAGCCUUUCUUACCUUGGCCAUGUCUCUGAGUAUUGCACACCUUGUGCUUUUGGGCACUCCAGUGAUGUUGCAGCUCUGAAAUAUGGCCAAACUGGUGGCAAGUGGCAUCGUGGCAGCUGCACGCUUGACUUUUCUCAGUUCAUGAGCAGUUAUUUUGCGCCUUGGUUUUUCCACACGCUUCUUGCGACCCUGUUGACUAUUUUGAAUGAAACGCUUGAUUGUUCGAUGAUCACGCUUCAGAAGCUUUGCAAUUUUAAGAGUGCUGCAUCCCUCUGCAAGAUAUCUCACUAUUUUUGACUUUUCUGAGCCUGUCAAGUCCUUCUUUUGACCCAUUUUGCCAAAGGAAAGGAAGUUGCCUAAUAAUUAUGCACACCUGAUAUAGGGUGUUGAUGUCAUUAGACCACACCCCUUCUCAUUACAGAGAUGCACAUCACCUAAUAUGCUUAAUUGGUAGUAGGCUUUCGAGCCUAUACAGCUUGGAGUAAGACAACAUGCAUAAAGAGGAUGAUUUGGUCAAAAUACUCAUUUGCCUAAUAAUUCUGCACUCCCUGUACUAACUGAUGUUGGGAGUUUUUUGUCUGAUGAUAGAUGCGUUACAGGUUUCGUGGCCUCUGCAAUAUCAACAGUCUUAGUAAGAGUAAGGUCAUCUUCUGUUAGCAACCACUUGUGUAUUGUGGCAUUAUAUAGGUACAUCACAAACAUGUCAUGGAAGACAACAGGCAUAGAGUUACCUAAGUAAUGGCAUAAGCUCUCACAACCUAAACAAGUGAUUUGUGUCUGCAGUAAAACUUGAAUCUCUCAGCAAUUUCCAGAGGCUUAGGCUACUAAUGAUUUGAGAGUGUUUUAAUUAACUAAUUUUAAUUGUUUAAAAGCAGGCUUUUGGGGGGCGGGGCCUGACUAUCAUGGCGGUGAGACUAGUUUUGAACAAGCUAAUCCACUACUUUGUAAUAAUUGUCUCUCUGCAACUUAAUUUGGCUCCACUGGCACACACAUAGUGAAGGGUUUUGCUUCCUGACAUAAUGUGCCACAGUCAGCGACUUCUCUGGCAUUUACUCACCUUCGUGUGGCACAUGCAGACUAGUAAACUAAGGACGGGAGAGGUGGACGGUCUCCUGGUCCGGCAGUGUCCCAAAGCAACUAUACCCACGCAAGAGCCCCUUUGUCCUCCCACCUCCCUUGGACGGGCAGGGUAAUCCCAGUCCACACCUAAGAGGCCACCAGGACCUGGCAGGUCAGAGUGGAAGCCAACGGAGCUAGUGGAACUUCUGGUGACUCACCUAACAUGGCGGUGAACACGUGGCUCCCGGACCCCAGAGAUGCACCGUUUGGCCUCCAGCUCAUGAGGUGUAACCUUCACUACUUUCUGGAGAUGGCUGGAGCGCAAGAUCCGUCAGUGCCAGCAAGCUGCUGACCUGCAGUAGCAACAAGCCCAACCACUCCAGGCUUUCCCGCAGUGCUCGGAAACUCUAAAGCGAAAGCUCCCCUUACCGAGACUGGGGCGAACCCAACGACAGCGGAGGCGCUUGAACUGCUGCAACAUCAAGGGUGCUAGGAGUAACCUGAUAACAGCACGGGAGGAGGAGGCCCUACUCUGCUACAUCCAGAGCAGUUCAGGUAUCGGAGCUGAGCUCACAUUUUUACACCACUCUGAGGCUCCCGCAGCCUUCACCUGGGCCCUCCUGCUGGAUGACUGCUCCACAGAAACGCGAUCAUGAUCUACCUUGGAAGGGUAUGGGAUGACCUGGAACUGUGAGCCUGGCUGGCAUGCCUCACUAUCCCCCUGACGCUUCCACAAAGUCUACUCCUGUUUUAUGUCUUUAAAAUAUACCUGAAGCUUGAAAGUAUUUUUACUUGUGAUUACAAGUAUCUGUUAAUACAGAUCUCUUGACUAAGGCAGACAUAUCAUACUUCUAAUGCCUGUUAAUUGGUCAUUGUCCUGGGGGGCCUCUUGGGCAAUUUGUUUACUAUGUUAACUACACUCUUUGUGUCUAGGUUACAUUUUUGGAUUACUAGUUUAGCUAUAUUGCUCAGACACAUGUGUUUAACCUGACUAUUAUUCUACAAAAAUUAGCAGAUUCUUCAAAAUGCCUUCAUUUGUUGAUUCAUGUUUCCUCUGUAUUCUAUAUCACUUGCGCUGCCUGUUGGGGCAUUGCAAGCAAGUUUUGUAUUAUUGUGCACAGCAAAAAUAAAGAAUUGAAAAAUAUAAAAUCAGACUUUUUAGGGAACAGCAGGCCAUGCAGUGUGCAAAAAGCAGAACAACCUACGGAAAACAUCAACCUUUUUUUCAGUGGUAACUCUAUUAGCUUCUAAAAACUGUUCUAAACGCUCCAUCCAACCAGACUAAAAGCCUGAAUCAGUGCAGAAGAAUUGCAUCUUACCGAUUUGGGGCAUAAUGCUGAAUUGUCUGACUACCAGAAGGGGUGCAGAAAAAAAUCUGAAUAUCCUUGUUGCUUCUGUUAUGUCUGAUGAUAGCUGAGAUAGGCAAGUAGUUAUCGUUCACAACUCACUUAUCAAGCAUGCCCAGUCACUCUGCUAAUAAAUACAUCUCUCCUGUUACGUUCCAUCUAACAUGGCUGAAUCUUGUACACCUACUGGGAAGAGAGGGAACCUGGAGAUGUGUUCAUCCCAGCAUGUCGUGCCCAGUUACUACAGGAGCUGGUUUAAGAAAAACUACAUUGCACUACUACAUUGUACAGUUACCCUAUAGGUGAUUUUCAACAUACACCACACAAGUGGUCUGAAAUAUUUCUUUUUUUUUUUAAAUCACAAUUUAAGUCAAAGUUUAUAUAUUAUCACCAAAAAUAGAGGUAGAGGAGGACAUAUCGCCAACUCUGCCACAUUCCUAACUUGGCUAUUUUCCCCAGUUUGCCAAUGUCUUUUUUUCUUUUUGUCUGUAUACAUUGUUCAUGCCCAAUAUAACUCUUUCACUUAGGCUGUCUGUGGACACGGAUCUCCAGAUGCAGUCUCUUUCCGCAGCAUUAGAGAUGGGGAGUGUUACUGUGCAGAGGACAAAGACAUUAACCUAGUAGAGUUAGCCCUUGCAACAAACAUCCCCAAAGGGACUGCUGAAACUGCGGUGAGAGGUGAGGAUCCUUUACAGAUAAUUAUUGAAUUUAGUGUUUCACUGCAAAUGCUGAGCCAUCUCUUUUCUUUUCAGUGCAUGUCUCCUAUCUGGAUGGAAAAGGAAACUUGGAACCUCAGGGAUCAGGUGAGAGUUUUAAAGUUGUCAUUUUUGUUUUGGACCUGGCAACAUAACCUUGUGUCAUUAGACUCCCAUUAACAUAUGGGUCUUCUUCUCUCCUUAGUCCCUGCUGCAGUGUCUGUCUUGACAGAUGAUCUAUUGAAGUAUUACCAACGUGUCACAAGAGCCGUUUUAGGAGAUGAUCUGCAGCUUAUGAAAGUGAGAAUAAACACCUUUAAAUUGUCUUCCGUUCCCUUGUUCUCUCUUACUACUUUUCUACACCUCCUCCCUACUUCUCUGACUGUCACCUCUCACUUCAAAAUUUUAUUUUAAUUUGCCAACUCCUGCUAUUGUAUGUGUUUGUAAUCUGUUUUUCCUUGUUCUCUCUCACCCUCUGAUCUUUGCAGGUUGCCCUUCAAGAUUUAGAGACAAAUCCCAAAAUUGCUGCCCUUUUACCUUAUUUUGUAUAUGUAGUGAGUGGGGUAAGUAUUUGUGUUAAAAAAAUAUAUAUAUAUAUAUACUUUGCCAUUUUUAGAGCCGUAAAAAAAAAAAAAAUGAUUUGUGUUUAAAAUGGAUCUGUCACUUUCAGGGGUCAGCUCCAGGUGCUUCAUCUGCCAGGAGCCGUGUGAGAACUGUGCUCUCACGCAUGUAGCAGAGUAUAACAGUGAGAUGUAUGAAAGAUCCUACAACUCUGCAGAGACUUGAUUGUGAUGAACGAGACAUGCUUGAAUCCCACAGUUGUAACUUUAAUGGCUGUUAGGGUUGGACAAAAGUUUAUGGCAGAGCAUCAACUUUUGUAAAGUCUCUUAAACUUUGUCUCAAAAAAAAUAAAAAUAAAAAAGGCUGUUUUAAAACCGUGUUCGUUGCUAGGGGAAUCUGUAGAAAUGCAGUAUCAAGUCUGAAACACAAUGCCUGUCUGGGCUUAUAUGCAUGUCAAGCUGUGAGGAUAUUUAUGGGGUGAUAAAUAUUAAAAAAUAUUUUUAUAAAAAUUAUCAAAAAUUUAUUUUAUUAAAUCAAAAAUGUAUAUAUUGGCACCAUUUCGCAGAUUAAUGAUUUAAAGCUGAGAAUUACCCACUAAUUUUAUUAUCUUAGAUUGUAGAGUAAGUUUCAUUAGUAGAUUUUAUUUCACUCCUUAAUCACGAAUUCAUUAUAAAAAAUAUAAUUUCUUGUGACAAUAAUAAUAAAAUACGUAACAUGCGUGACAAUAAUCAGUAAAUAUUUAGGUAUAACAAAAGUAUACAAUAUGGCAGUGGUUUAACACAAUAUAGACUGCUAAAAGCAAGCUAUAUGCAACAGUUAUGUAUACGGUUUCCAACAAGAUUUACGAUUGGACACUUUGCGUAGAAAUCAACAGCAGCACAGGUAAAGCAAUAAAAACUUUGUCUGACAGUCAAAUCACACUGAAUUAACUCUUUCACUGCUAGCUGCAAUCCUCAUAGGCAAGACAUCCUAUUAUAUUGCAAUUUUUACAACUACAAUAAUUCUCAUACCAGAUCAUUCACCAUUCCUAUGUCCAUCCAAUAAGAAUAAUUCUAACCAGAAUUUACAUUUGCAGAAUUUUAACUUUCCUAAUUAGGAUUCACUAUUUCUAAAUUACGUAAACUAAUGUAUCUGGAUAAUUGCCUGGUAUUCUAUUUUUAAAGUUAAACGUAAUAUAGAGUUCAUUGGUCCACCUGCAGGAAUGGAAUUACGAAUUCUAUAUAUUAUUAACGAAUCAUGACUCCUUAUAUGUUGGAAUCACCAGCUUUUAUCCAAGUAUAUUCUGCCUUUUAGUAAAAUCAAUUCAUUUAAUGAAAUUAAACCAGCAUAAUUACCAGUUAGGUUGUAGAUUUUCUAUCAGAUGUGUAGAUAUAUCCCAGGAAUUUUGAAUGCAAGUAUGAUGUAUAGAGAAUUGUAUGGAAAUAGAAAAGUUUUCAGAGUUCUGAAGUUGUGUUAGUUCGAAAAGAUACUAAGAAUUCGGUGUCCAGCUUUGGCUCCAGAUGUCAAACCUUAGAUGUGAGGGUGACAGUUUAAGAGUCUUUAAGAGUGUGAGUAUGAGUCCCUGAGUGACUCUCUUCCCUUUGUCCUUACUUUUUAAAGGAGAAAAUUCUCUGCACGUCACUAGCUGAUAGGACUAAUAGGGAACUGUGGGCGUGUCUUCCCUACAGACUAUAUCAUCUAGAUUUUGGUCAGUAGAUGGCGCAAUUACAUCACCAAAAAAUCUUGUCAGGGGUCCAGUUACCUUUUUGUAUAAUGGGUUAACUGAAUUUCGUGAUGCGUUUAACAUCACCUGGUUAUCUUUUUAUGGCUACUAUCUGUCACAGAAGCUGUCAUCUUCAAAGGGUUUUUCCAGUCUUCGUGUCUGGCGUAUACCUUUUUAAAUAUAGAUUUCUGACACAUUUUAAACUCUUCUUCACCUCUCCUUCCAAUGCAACUUUGUAAGAUUCAUUUUUUUUGUUUUGUUUAUUUUUAAAGAAAGUAAAAUUAAUUACCUAGUGUUAUCUAUCAUUUGGUGUCUGGUUCUCUUGUGUGAAACUGUGUAGUUAGUAUUAUUUAUAUAUACAUACAUACAUACAUACACACACGCACAUUUGUCUCUGGGUUGUAGCAUUCAACCCUCCUCCCCCCGCAGCAAACAUCAUGCCUUAUCUCUGUCUUCAGACUUGAAUGAAUAGAGUUACACAGAGUAAAAUUUUGUCUGUCUUUACAUUCUGUUACAAAAUGGAGUCACCUCUGUUCUGAUGGUGACUUACAGUAUACACUUUCAAUUUCUAUCUUAACACAAAAUGUCUGCCAGUAUAAAUAUACUGACAAAGCUAAGAAAUGUGGGAUAGUUGUGGAAACAUGAUCUCUCGAGUUUCUAUGUCCAAGAAAGACACAUUGAAGUCUAACUUGAGAUAUGUGGGUGAUGCAUGACAGUAAUUUUGUGUUAAGUCAUGGAACAUGCCUAUUGGUUUUCACAGAAGGUGGUGCAGUGCAACAGACCGGGUGUUGUCAUUACUUUAUACUCAUCUGUGUAUACUCUAGUCACUGAAUGAUUUCAAAGCCAACUCUUAUUUGAUUGGCUCCUUGGUGUUUGUUUUUAAGUUAGUUGAAAUGUAGUUUGUUUACUUGUCAAAGACCAGAGUACUAAAUACUCAUCAGAAUUGAAGUGUGUCAGACCAUUAUUAUUUUUAUCAGUUUUUUUUUUUUUCCUUUCUUUUUUUCCCUUUUCUCUCUCUCUCAUCAGCUUACCUCUAAAAUAUUGGGCUUUGUGAAGCAAUAAAAUGCAUAAGAAAAUAUAUAUAUAUAUAUAUAUUUUUUUUUUUUUUUUUAUAAGCGACUGGUUAUUUUUAAUGGGAAAACUCCAACCCUAUAACAAUGCCCGCUAAAUUAAGUUCUUAUGUGGAGCAAGAUAUCUAGGUACCUUCAGGGGUUAAACUGUUUUCCAACGGAUUUAUACCAAUGUUGGUCCUUCCUGAGCUCAACACCUCUCUUUCUUCCUGCCACAGUGAACAGAAAGGCUUGUGAUGGGCUGAGAGUGGCAGCUGACGCUUUCAGCCUAUCUCUUGCCCAUUAAACAAAGUUUCCUGUUCACGAUGGCAGUGUGGAGGUAGGGAGAGAGGUUGGGCAUGGUUUACCAACUUUGGGGUUAAGCUGUUUAACACCAUAAAGAAAGACUAAGCUGAAGUUAUUUUGGGGAUGACAGUGUUCCUUGAAAUGAGACGUAAUUACUGCUUUUCUCGUUGCUUAGUCUAUCCUCUCACCCAUUUUUCCCUUUUUCCUCUCUUGCAGGUAAAAUCAGUCAGUCAUGAUCUUGAGCAGUUAAGCCGUCUCUUACAGUUAGUACGGUCCCUGCUAUGGAACCCAUACUUGUAUCUUGGUUAUUAUGGCUGCAGUCUCAUGCAAAGUGUCUUAUACUGUGUAACAGAGCCUCUUGCUGCUUCUAUAAACCCGCUCAAUGACCACUGGACCUUGCGGGAUUACGGAGCUGGCCUCCUUAGCUUCAUAAGGUAAGUAUAUUUUUCUGUGUGUAAAUCAUCAAAUAUUUAACAGCUGCAAUCAUCCUUAAAUAUGAUGUGUGUGUGUGUUGCAUUUUAAAGAAAUACCUAAUGGUUUUUGUUUUUUAUUAUAUCAUACUUAUUAUUAUUCAAUGGUAAAAUUGCUAUUAAAAACCCCUAAUGGUGACAUUUUUACUUGGGAUGCAGCAUAAGAAAUAUAAUUAUUACCCUCAAGAUUUCCCUUGGUAUGUCAUGCACCAGAAACCAUGGCAGUACUGUACUCUUGUGUAUGUGCAAGAGUACAACCCUGAUGUCUAUGGAACAUCCAGCAUAAAUACAGGUGCCUCUAUUAGAUCAUGUCUUGCGAUGAGCGAAAUUAUGUCCCUCAGGGUGUCCCUCAGGGGUCUGUUCUGGGACCCCUUCUAUUUAACAUGUUUAUAAAUGAUCUUGAAGACCGUAUUGAAAGUCAUGUUUCAGUGUUUGCAGAUGACACCAAACUUUAUAAAACAAUACAAUGUGAGCAAGAUAUUACUUUGCUGCAGAGGGAUUUAGAUAGACUGGGGGACUGGGCACUCAAAUGGCAGAUGAAAUUUAAUGUUGAAAAUGCAAAGUUAUGCACUUCGGCGUAAAGAAUACACAAGCAACGUAUACCCUUAAUGGAAGCGAAUUAGGGAUAACAACACAUGAAAAGGACUUGGGAAUUGUUAUAGACAACAAACUAUGCAACAAUGUGCAAUGUCAAUCAGCAGUGGCCAAGGCCAGUAAGGUAUUGUCAUGCAUGAAAAAGGGCAUUCAUUUCUCGGGACAAGAAUAUAAUUUUGCCUCUUUAUAAAUCACUGCUAAGACCCCAUAUUGAAUAUGCUGUGCAAUUUUGGGCACCUGUUCUAAAGAAGGAUAUUAUGGCACUAGAAAAAGUGCAGAGGCGGGCUACAAAAUUAAUAAAAGGAAUGGAACAUAUCGGCUAUGAAGAAAGGUUAACAAAUUUAAACCUAUUUAGUUUAGAAAAACGUCGCCUGAGAGGGGAUAUGAUAACAUUAUACAAAUAUAUUCGGGGCCAAUACAAACAAUUGUGUGGAAAUCUAUUCACAAACCGGACUUUACAUAGGACACGAGGCCAUGCGUUUAGACUGGAAGAAAGAAGAUUUCGUCUAAGGCAAAGGAAAGGUUUUUUUACUGUAAGAACAAUCAGGAUGUGGAAUUCUCUGCCUGAAGAAGUGGUUUUAUCAGAGUCCAUACAGAUGUUCAAACGGCUACUAGAUGCAUACUUGCAGGAACAGAAUAUUCAAGGAUAUAAUCUUUCAAUGUAGGGUAAUAACUGCUUGAUCCAAGGAUAAAUCUGACUGCCAUUCUGGGGUCAAGAAGGAAUUUUUUUUCCUAGCUUGUUGCAAAAUUGUGCUUCAAACUGGGUUUUUUUGCCUUCUUUUGGAUCAACAGCAAAAAACAAAUGUGAGGUAGGCUGAACUUGCUUUUCAGCUAUGUAACUAUGUAACUAUGUCUGAUUCCCACAGCCAUCACUAGAGACAGCUGUAGGAAUUGACAAAACUUGACAGCUGAAAUCCUGUACCUUUUUUUUAUUUUAUUUUUUUAUUAUAAUAUCGUUUUACUGCAUUAGAAUUUCAAUGAAUUUCCAACACCGUAAAAAUUGAACUUAUAUUUCUGAAAUUCGUUUAAAUACAUUUUUGGUGACAGAUCUGCUUUAAACUAAUUUGUAAUUCUGCACCAGGACAAUCUCCUCUCUGCAGCCACUACUUUGGUGAAGGCAUCAGUUCUCUGAUGACUUUUGUUCAAUCCAGUGCUUUUUCUAGAGAAACUUUGGGGCCAUAGGACAAAUGCACGCAAUUACCAUGGAUCAGUAAUCCAGUACUUCUCACCGAGAAAUACUGAAUCCAAUGGUUCUCUAUGAGAAACAAGGGAUGCGUAUGUUUCAUCAGGCUGUGAUUGCAUUAUGAUACAAAAUGCUAAGACAUUUGAAAAUUGAAAGUCUUAAGGAAAAAGAGCCUCUAAAGGCUGACACUCUGCCAGUGCUUAGUUUUUGUUUUAAAUUAAUUGUGCUUGAUGUGGCAUAUCUAUUUUAAUUGUCUUGUAAAUGUGUUUGACUUUGUCAAAGAAGAACAGUAAUUUCCCAAGAUUUUUAAUAUUAUGUUUACUAAUUCCUAUGUUAAACAGAUAUGUAUUUGUGAGUUGUGAAAAAAAUAAAAUUAAAUGUAAAAGUCUACAACUCUUUAACCUGCAACUGGGUGCCUUCAUCUUGGUUCCCUGUCAUUUAUGGUUAUAAGCGCUGUCCUUUGCACCUGGAGUUAGCAUGGAGAAACCUACAGAAAAGCAAAGUUACAUUUUAUUCUUAUUUGCCAUGUUUGCCCUGGCUUUGCCUUGUCUGAAAAAGAUUGUGGUGGCAUUUGCUAAAUCUUUAAUAUAAAUUUAAGAAAAUGGAACAUCUCCUAAAAAAAGGUUAACACAAGUUACAUGAUUUUCCUUUUUAUUAAAUGGUGUAUAUUCCACAGAAGUAACCGUCCCACUUUAAACAAAAGCUAUAGUGUAUAGCUAUACAUGUAUUCCUGACACUAGUUUUUAAAUAGUUAGGUUGUUUAAACUCACCUUUUUUUUUUUUUUUUUUCAUGCCGUGACAGUUUUCCUGCGACUCGUCAAUUGUUAAGAUCUCCGCCAAUCCAGUGCUUUCCCAUUGGAAAGCUUUGGGAGGCUAUUGCUCAUGUGUAGCAAAGCGCCAUGCUGCAGCAAUCAGCAUCUCCUCAUAGAGUUGCAUUGAAUCAAUGCAUAUCUAUGCGAAAACAUUCUGCUUCUCCAAACAGAGUGUGGAGAUUCAUAACAUAGACUAGUGCCUGUCUGAGUGAUUGCUACUGGAGGUGUUACUAGACCGCAAUGUAAACAGGGUUUACAUUGAAAAGCCUGCAUUGUCAUGCUAGACACGAGAACAACUCCAUUAAAGGGAAUCUGUAGUGCCAGGAAAAAUUCUAGUUUUCCUGGCACUAUAGCUUCCCCUCCGUCAAAGGCCUCCUUGUGGUGCCAACGGGGAGACCUAAUAUUGCAUUAGGAUUUCUCCAUAGGAAAGCAUUAUUUAAAGCUUUCCUAUGGGGAUUCCGGUGACGCUGGAAGUCAUCCUGCAUAACGUUAGGAUGUCCAGCGUCAUUUAGGCGAUCAAAAGUCGCCUAAGCACCCUGAAGUCCCUCUAGUGGCUGUCUGACAGCCACUACAGGAGAAAACCCUAGCAGGUAAUUAUUGCAGUUUAUUAAAAACUGCAAUAAUUAUCUGCUCAGGGUUAAGGGUGCUGGUACACUGUACCCAGACCAAUUCAAUAAGUUGGAGGGGUCUGGGUGCCUGUAGUGUCCUUUUUAAGCUGUAGUGGUUCUGGUGACUAUGAUGUCCCUUUAGAUCUUCAGAUCAUCUCUACACAAGAGCGCUACUUGAGCUGUAUGACUAAGAAUACGUUUGUAAGUUCUGUUUCAAUGUUUUUCAAAAUCAUUUUUGUUCCACCUAUAUUCAUGUAGAACCCACAAGGAUUUGGCUGGAGCUCUGUACCCACAAAUCUUACAAUCAUUGCAAAAAGUACUUGGAGAUCCUGUUCGACCCCUGUGCUCUCAUUAUGGAGCUGUGGUGGGAUUGAAUGCUUUAGGUUGGAUGGUAAGUUUUAAUGAUUAUCUGUGAUGCUAUGUAGUGAUCUGACCUGGGAGAUAAAAUGCUUAGUCUUAUUCUGUUGCCUGUAUAAAGGGGCACUCUAAGCAAUAAAACUACUGCUUGCUGUGGUUAUGUGACCUAGAGACUUCCGAAGCUUUCCACUGCUUAGUCAAACCAUUUAGUAAUGAUUUCACAAAAACUUUUCUUUAUAAUUAUGACCUAGGGAUCUUUGGGCACUACUAGUAAGUAAGUUUGUGUCAUAAGACACACUAAACGACAUAACCAUAAGCUAGCUGCAGUGUUUAUGCUCCUUAGUGUGUUUCCUUUAAAUGUGUCGGCAUACUUUAAUAUAAACUAUUUCUUAUCUAAUAUGACAUAUAUUCAAAAAUACAUGGUGAAUAGAGAGGGGUCUUAUUAUUGCCUAUAGGAUUAAUUCUCGUACAAACCCAUAUUUAGAUUUUUGUUUGUUGAAUACAUUGUGCCCAAUCUAGUGGUAAUGAUACAUGAGAUACACAGACACUGUCCCCAGUAAGGGAGCAAGCCAUUUAGUAACAUUGCCUCUUUACUUGGUACCAUUGAGUGCCAAGCCUCCUCUUAUGGCGUCUGAAUGACUUCCAGCUUCUGUAGAGCUGUAGGAGCAAGAUGCAGAUCCUAAUGGCCAUUCAUUGGAGAGUUUAUCUAGAACUAUGAAGGAGAAAUCUGCACAUUCCAGGCUGGCUAAUGAUACUGCUACAGUUGGUGUUACUCCAAAAAUCUUAAAUAACUAUGUACAGCAUUUCAUACUGAAACGCACAUACAGGUUUCUUGCACCAUGACUGUUAAAAAAAAUGAAGUGGUCAUGCUGCUUGGAGUAUCCCUUAAAAGAAGAAGAAAAAAAGGAAAGUAAUUUAAAUUCAUUCUUGGAUUCAAUAAUUUCAACAAACCCCUUAAUUGUUCUCAAGUGCCCAGUAACUGCCCAUUCUUUUUUAAGUUAAUGGACUGAAAGCCUUGAUUACUACUGGUUAUUAAACAAUUUGUGAGUAGUGGUGAACUGGAAUCUAAAUUUAGACUAAAAUAGCUAAGCAUAGACUAAAGCUGAGCUGGAGAUUUUUUUUCCUUAUCAGCUGUUUUGGCACAGAUAUCAAUGAAUAGCCAUGGUAGGACCUUUAUUUGUGAUAAAUGAUGUUGCAUCAUAGAGUUGGAAAACACUUACCGUAUAUACUAGAGUAUAAGUUGACCCGAAUAUAAGUCGAGACCCCUAAUUUUACCCCAAAAAACUGGGAAAACUUAUUGACUCGAGUAUGACUAGGGUGGGAAAUGCAGCAGCUACUGGUAAAUUUCUAAAUAAAAUUAGAUCCCCAAAAAAUUAUAUUAAUUGAAUAUUUAUUUAUUUUGUGUGUGUGUGUGUGUCAGUCUCAGAGCCUUGGUGGGUGGGCAUUUUUAUUAUUAUUUUAUUUUUUUUAUUACUAUUAUUUAUUUUUUUAUAUACCGUAUAUACUCGAGUAUAAGCCGACCCGAAUAUAAGCCGAGGCCCCUAAUUUUACCCCAAAAAGCUGGGAAAACUUAUUGACUCAAGUAUAAGACUAGGGUGGGAAAUGCAGCUACUGGUAAAUUUCUAAAUAAAAUUAGAUCCUAAAAAAAUUAUAUUAAUUGAAUAUUUAUUUACAGAGUGUGUAUAUAAUGAAUGCAGUGUGUAUGAGUGCAGUGUGUGUGUGUGUGUGUGUGUAUGAAUGCAGUGUGUGUAUGAGUGCAGUGUGUGUGUGUGUAUGAAUGCAGUGUGUGUGUGUGUGUAUGAAUGCAGUGUGUGUGUGUGUUGCAGAGCCUUGGUGGGGGGUGGGCAUUUUUAUUAUUUUUUUUUAAUUAUUUUAAUAAUGUUUUUGUUUUAUUAAUAUUUUGUUAUUAUUUUUUAUUUUAUUAUUAUUUUUAAUAAUAUUUAUUAUUUUAUUUUUUCGUCCCCCCUCCCUGCUUGUUAGAUGGCUGGGGAGGGGGGCUCUUCUUCCCUGGUGAUCCAGUGGCAUUGGCAGUUCAGUGGGGGCAAGAGGGGGGCUGGCAGAGCUGUUACUUACCUCUCCUGCAGCUCAUGUCAGCUCUCUCCUCCUCCGCGCCGGUCAUUGCAGCUCCUCUGUCAGCUCACACUGUAAGUCUCGCGAGAGCCGCACUAUGACCCCGCGGCUCUCGCAAGACUUACACUGGGAGCUGACCGAGGUGCUGACCGGACCGGCGCGGAGGAGGAGGGAGCUGACAGGAGAGGUAAGUAACAGCUCUGCCAGCCCCCAGUCUGUAUUAUGGCAAUGUAAAUUGCCAUAAUACAGACUGACUCGAGUAUAAGCCGAGUUGGGGUUUUCCAGCACAAAAAAUGUGCUGAAAAACUCGGCUUAUACUCGAGUAUAUACGGUAUAUUAUUUUUAUUUUAAUAUUAUUUAAAUUUUUUUGUUCCCCCCUCCCUGCUUGAUACAUAGCCAGGGAGGGGGCUCUCAUUCCCUGGUGGUCCAGUGAUGUGUACUGUGCAGGAGGGGGGCUGGCAGCGAGCUGUAACUUACCUUUCCUGUAGCUCUUGUCAGCUCCCUUCUCCUCCACUGUAAGUCUUGCGGUCUGAGUGCCACGCGUCUUCACGGUAACCCAUGGCAACGCUCUGACCCGCUGCUCUCACGAGACUUACAGUGGAGGUGAAGGGAGCUACAGGAAAGGUAAGUAACCGCUUGCUGCCAGCCCCCAACAGGACCGCCGGGCUGGUAAUGAGCACGGCGGUCCUGGUCUUUAUACAGACAUUAACUCGAGUAUAAGCCGAGUGGGGGGUUUUCAGCACAAAAAAUGUGCCGAAAAACUCGACUUAUACUCGAGUAUAUACGGUAAAUGGAAACUGUCAGGACUUACCUGGCCCUCUGCAAUUUAAUUAAAGAGGUGAGUGAAGCCUCAUUGCCAGCGUCUGAACAGUGACAUCACAUCACUCUCUUCCAAUACUCCCGCCGGCUAGGGAGUUACCAUAGCAACCAAUGUGCCUGUCCUGUGUGUCCUCUGCUCUUCAUGAUUCCUGCUUUUUGAGUGUCUGCCGAGGAAUUGAGCGUAAGAUGGAAGAAACACUUAUUUUUAAAUGGGGUUUUUCUCCGUAUCCAUUAAUUUGCUAGAACAAUGUAUUGAUGGAAUUUCAUUCUCUUUUUAAAAAAAAAAGCUAAAGUUAAGUUUAUGAUAACAUAGUGCCUUUAAUAUAGUAUCAUCUCACACUUCUUUAUCUUAGGCUGUGGAACAAGUGUUGUAUCCUUUACUACCCACAUAUUGGUCAGGCCUGCAGACAGUUUUGGAUGACCAUUCCAUGUCGAAUGCACAAGUUAAGGCCGAUGGACAUAAAGUGUAUGGAGCCAUUUUGGUGAGUUUGUGUGGGGGUGAGGGGGAAGGUGACCAUAAAGGAAAAUGGAAAGGCUGCAGAUCACUAAAAGGCAGUGAUAAAAAUAGUUUAUAUAUGAUAUAUAGCCAAGAGAUAAUAUAUCGCAUGUACUUUUAAUACCCUCAGGUUGCUGUUGAACGUUUACUCAAGAUGAAAGCCCGCUGUUGUGACGAAGUCCUCAACACCCCAUCUCAACUUGCACCUGACCCUUCCAUUUCUUCUUCCCCAUCGGUUCCUUUACUAGAGAUGUACCGUGAGCUGUACUGCUUCUUUGGCGACAGUUUGGCUGUACGCUUUGGCACUGGGGGAACACAAUCUCAUCAGGUGGGAGACACGCGAGGGCCUCAAGAGCCAAAAAAAGAAGGAAAUGUUGAAGGAGCACGUAAGAUGCCCCAGCUGACAGCUCAUGGGGAGGAAGAUAUAGUAAGUUUGGGUAGACAGACACAGCGUCCCCCUCAAAUUCCUCUAGCUUCUUGCCGCCCUCGAGGGUCUUCACGUCAACGCCCCCAAGGAGUGAGAGAGGCAUUUCAGAGGUGCAGGCUUACUCCCCGUGGAUCUCCUCGUUUUAAUUUUUUAAUUGGAGGAAGACAAGCUGGACGAGGAGGUGGAGGACGAAAGUUUCAAAGUGUCUUCCAACUGCACACUGGACCUGGAGCUUCUGCGUCACGCUAUGCACAAAAAUUACCUAUGAUAGGUAGGGUGGCAAAGGCUGGACGCAGGGGUGUGCAAGCAGAGUUGUCACUUUAUUUGCCACUAUGACACUGUUUGAAAUGUAACAUGUGAGAGAAACUUGCUUGGAGUUUUUUUUUUUUUUUUACUUUUUCUACCAAGUUUAAUUUUUGGAAACGAGGCACUGAAUUUGGGACACCUACCUUUAUUGUCACACUAUGUGUGAUUAUUUUUUUUUUUACUUAAAUGGUGCUUGUGCAUCAGUCUUUGGAUAGAACUGUAGAAGAAGCUGCAGUACUUCUGUGUUGUGUGUACUAGUGUGUUUAUGCUUGACUUUUUCUAUAAGAGAGACUGUUGCAAAUAAGCAUAAAGUGUUAGACUGGAUUUUUUUUCUGUACAGACUGGAGACAGAUAUCUGAAUUACAAAUACAUUCAUUUAUAUAAAUUCUUUAUCUUCUCCUUUGUACCUUUCUUUUGCCAUGACAUAAUGAAAAGGAAAUACAUAUAUGAAGAAAUUAAUCUUUACUGUAAACUGAUACAUAAAUAUGUAUACAUUAAGUUUGUGCAAAAAGUCACAAUUUCCGGUAGGCCCCUACUGUCAAAUCAAACAGCUUGGCAUUGGACACUUGUCCUUGUUUGUCCAGCAAGAAGUACAGUGGCCUUCCCUUGACCUUGAGCGGUAUCAUAGCUGGGACCUCAGAUCGAUGAGCCAUUGAAGAGAUGUGACGCAAAGGCACAGUAAAAGAUGAACCAAGACCAAACACACCAGCAGUGACAAGGGUUACCUUCUCUCCUCCACGAUGAAGGGUGACAGCACUGACAGAACGCCGAGAAAACAACAAGCCGGCUGCCAUUAUAAGUCCACCUAUUGAAUGAAAAAGAAUUGUUGAUUAGUGGGAAAAACAGUCUACAUCAGGCAUCUCAAACUUUGGUUUCCUAGCUGUUACUGAUUUACAACUCCCAUGACCCUUUUGGCCAUCUACUGCAUUCAAAUAAUUCUGGAAGGCCAUUGACAACUGGGGGAGUUUAGAUCCCUCGUCUAACUCAAUGUGACCCUGCACUUUAAUGGAAAUAAUAGUACAGAUAAUAAGGUUCUUUCAGUGCAACAACCUCUAUAAAAUGCAUGCUGCAAUAUUUGUAG